ACUACUCAAGCCUUCCUGCUCCUGUGACUCUUACACAGUCCUUCGCAUCCUCUUCUUCCACGCCUUUUUUUUCGCUUUAAGCACACAAACACACACACAGUCAAUAUGCCUGGUCCUCACGGCGGCGGUCCUGGUGGUGGUCCUCACGGCGGCCCUGGCGGUCCCGGCGGUCCCCACGGAGGUCCUGGUGGCCCUGGUGGGUCCUCAGGGAGGCCCUGGUGGUUUCGGGUGGUCCUCACGGCGGUCCUCACGGACACUAGCCGUCUGAAGGACAUCAUCACGGCCUUCUCUCGAACCUCCUCCAUCAUCACCAUCACGGAAAAUAAGCAAGUCGACACUCGUUGCUACAAAGCUGGUGCACGCACCGCUGGACGAUGUUUUAUCUGGACUUGUUGAUCCAACAAGAUAUCAAACUAUUUUAUAACCACCUGUAUUUACUUGAUGUGUACACUUACAAAUGAUGGGAUGUUCUUUACGACGGUCGUG